GGCGGGCUCGGGGAGGUCCGGGGGAGGAUGGAGCAGUGAGCGGGGCUGGGCCGCUGCCGGCAGCGCCAUGGAGACCGUGCAGCUGAGGAACCCGCCGCGCCGGCAGCUGAAAAAGUUGGAUGAGGAUAGUUUAACCAAACAACCAGAGGAAGUAUUUGAUGUCCUAGAGAAACUUGGAGAAGGGUCCUAUGGCAGUGUAUACAAAGCUAUCCACAAAGAGACUGGUCAGAUUGUUGCUAUUAAACAAGUUCCUGUGGAGUCAGACCUGCAGGAGAUUAUCAAAGAAAUUUCUAUAAUGCAGCAAUGUGACAGUCCUCAUGUAGUCAAAUAUUAUGGCAGUUAUUUUAAGAACACAGACUUGUGGAUUGUCAUGGAGUACUGUGGUGCUGGUUCUGUAUCUGAUAUCAUUCGAUUACGAAAUAAAACGCUAACAGAAGAUGAAAUAGCUACAAUAUUACAAUCAACACUUAAGGGACUGGAAUACCUUCAUUUUAUGAGAAAAAUACACCGAGACAUCAAGGCAGGAAAUAUUUUGCUAAAUACAGAAGGACAUGCAAAACUUGCAGAUUUUGGAGUAGCAGGUCAGCUUACAGAUACCAUGGCUAAACGGAAUACAGUGAUAGGAACACCAUUUUGGAUGGCUCCAGAAGUUAUUCAGGAAAUUGGGUACAACUGUGUGGCAGACAUCUGGUCUCUGGGAAUAACUGCCAUAGAAAUGGCUGAAGGAAAGCCCCCAUAUGCUGAUAUCCAUCCAAUGAGGGCAAUCUUCAUGAUUCCUACAAACCCUCCUCCCACGUUCCGAAAGCCAGAGUUGUGGUCAGAUAACUUCACAGAUUUUGUGAAGCAGUGUCUUGUAAAGAGCCCUGAGCAGAGAGCCACAGCCACUCAGCUUCUCCAGCACCCAUUUGUGAAGAGUGCCAAAGGAGUGUCAAUACUGCGGGACUUAAUUAAUGAAGCCAUGGAUGUGAAACUGAAACGCCAAGAAGCUCAGCAGCGGGAAGUGGACCAGGAUGACGAAGAAAACUCAGAGGAAGAUGAGCUGGAUUCUGGCACAAUGGUUCGAGCGGUUGGUGACGAGAUGGGUACUGUACGAGUGGCCAGCACCAUGAGUGAUGGAGCCAAUACUAUGAUUGAGCAUGAUGACACAUUGCCAUCACAGCUGGGCACCAUGGUGAUCAAUGCGGAGGAUGAGGAAGAAGAAGGGACUAUGAGAAGAAGGGAUGAGACCAUGCAACCUGCAAAACCAUCUUUUCUUGAAUACUUUGAACAAAAAGAAAAGGAAAACCAAAUCAAUAGCUUUGGUAAGAGUGUACCUGGCCCACUGAAAAAUUCUUCAGAUUGGAAAGUUCCACAGGAUGGAGACUAUGAGUUUGGUCUCACUAAAUUGCUUAAGACCUUGCUAGUUGCUGAGGCUGGCUUUGAACUUGUGAUCCUCCUGCCUCAGCCUUUGGAUUCUCUGGGAUUACAGGAAUAUGCCACUAACACCUAGUGCAAAAAAUGUUUAAAAAACCAAAUAUUCUUUGUUAAAGACUAGAAAUGAUUUUCUACUUAAAACAAAAACAAACAAACAAAAAACACCAAGGGCUGGGGAUAUAGCUCAGUUGGUAUAGUGCUUGCCUUGCAUGCAUAAGGCCCUGGGUUCUAAUCCCCAGCACCACACACACACACACACACACACACACACACACACAAAACCCCACCAAGAUUCUGGCAUACAUAAGGAAUCUAAAUACAAAUUCACAAAUGGUGGCUAAAAUUCUGUCCACUUUCAACCUAAUACAAUAUAAAUCUAUAAACAAUUUAAAGUAUAUAAUGGAAAUGUCAAGAAGUCAGAACUACUACACAUCAUUACUGAUGGGUUCCACUGUACUUCAAACAGGCACAGCAUAUGUGCACAUCUGAUGGACAGAUGGCUUGGAAAAUUAAAGCUACCAGAGCUAUAGAUAAGGAAUACAUAAAUACAAACAUAGCAGAACCAAAAUAGGCCAUUUAAAAGAAGAUGAAUAAGAUGGUAUGCAGAUACUUGAUGGUUUCUCUGUAAGCCCCUUUGCGCUAAUUUACAAAGCUACGGUUUUGUAAUUCUUUUAAAAAGGAAAAAUUUUCUACACUGCUGCAUGCAGUAAUUUCACGGUACAUUCAUGUGCAGUCUUUAGAUCCUCCCAAGGAGCUUGACAUAUCUCAUCAGGAUUUCUGCAGAAGGUCAGCUUGUCAUAUUCUCAGCAGCCUUUAGUGCUUCAAUAGCCUUGCAUAUUUCCUUGAUAACCAAUGAUCAAGCUUCCUUGUUAAUUCCUUGUUCACAAAGUGAAACACAGACAAGUGUUUACAUGCCUAAGCCAAUAUUCAAAAUUCUUGAAAUCUCAAGCAGCUUGUCCGUGGUUUCCUUAACUGUAUUAAAAUUUGCUUUCCACAAGCUGGUACCAUUGCCACUCUUCAUGGUGGAGGCCAAGGGAGGCAUCUUUGGGUUUUUAUUAAGAAGUUUUACUGAAUUGUUCAAGCAGGGUCACUUAUUCAUUCUUUAUUAGGUCUAGUUUUUUGCUUUUGAUUAUAUGCUUUUGACAUUUGCUAGGAGUUGAGAAUUACUACUACUGUAGCAGAUAUGCCUUUAUUUUACUGAUGUUUAAAUUAACAAUCCCAAAAGUAUGUCUUCAUAUUUUCUGGGAACCAAUUAUCUACAACUUGAAAUUUUAUCUGCUGUUUUAUAAUGACAUAGGAAACUUUUCUAAAACAUUAUCUAUGAAUUUAUUGUCCAUUUUUGCCAAAUGAAUUUUAAAAAUUAGUGUACAUCCUUGAAUACCCCAACUUCCAUUUUAAGAUAAAACCUAAUGAAGUUCCAAUCACUCAGCAACAUGCAUCAUCAACUUUUUGUUGUUGUUGUUGUUGUUACUGGGGAUUGAACUCAGGGGCACUCAACCACUGAGCCAUAUUCCCAGUCUUAUUUUGUAUUUUAUUUAGAAACAGGGUCUCACUGAGUUGCUUAGUGCCUCACCAUUGCUGAGUCUGGCUUUGAACUUAUAAUCCUCCUGCCUCAGCCUCCCAAGCCACUGGGAUUCAUCAUCAACUUUUAUAACUGUUCUUGUUUUAUAUAAUCCUUCACCUCCACUAGUCCCCCCUUUGACUAAGUGUUAAUUUCCAGUGGUCUCAGUCCCCCACCUUUUUUUUUUUUUGUUAUCAGGGAUUGAACUCGGGGACACUUGACCACUGAACCAAAUCCCUAGCCCUUUUUUGUAAUAUUUAGAGAGAGAGUCUUACUGAGUUGCUUAGCACUUUGCUCUAGCUGAGGCUGGCUUUGAACUCGUGAUCCUCCUGCCUCAGCCUCUUGAGCCACUGGGAUUACUAUUCCCCACUUUUACCUCUUGAUUUUUUUGAAGUAAAUCAAAGGUAAAUGUAUAUCAUUUCUAAAUAUCUUCGUAUAUAUUUCUAAGAUAUUAAAGACCUCUUUACAAUACCUUAAAGAAUGAUUCUUGGGCUGUGGUUGUGGCUCAGGGGUAGAGUGCUUGCCUGGCACGUGUGAGGCACUGGGUUCAAUUCUCAGCACCACAUAAAAAUAAACAAACAAAAUAAAGGUAUUGUGUCUUUCUACAACUAAAAAAAAAAAAAAACUAAAAAAAGAAUGAUUCUUCAUGCUUCAAAAUACUUGUCAUUAUUCAGUUUUCCCCAUUAUAAUUUUUUUAUACAGUGAAAUAGAAUCCAGAUAAGAGCUCUGUACUGCAUUUGGUUGAUAUCUAUGUAUACAGUCUUUUAAUUCAUAGGCCCCUACUCCCACAUACUUUGUGAGAUUGUUGAAGAAACUAGUUGUUUCAUAUGAUUUCCUAACCUUUUGGAUAUUGCUGAUAGCAUCUGAGUGGUACUGUUUAAUGUGUUCUAUGAAUUUCUUAUAACUUGGUAGUUUAAUCUAGACCAGGAGCUCUCAGGAUCCCUUUGCACUUAUCAACAUUAUUGGGGGCCAGCGGGUAUGGCUCAGUAGUAAAGCGCUUGCCUACCAUGCAGGAGGCCCUGGUUCCUCCAAAAGCUUUUAUUUAUAUGGGUUAUAUCUAUUGAUAUUUACUGAAUUAGAAAUUAACUGAAAAUUUUAAAAUAAUUUAUUAUAAUUCACUUAAUAAACUCAUUCAUUAAUAUAAAAAAUUAUGAACAUAUAUCCCCCCAAAAAACAAACAAUAAGAAUGAUACUGUUUACAUUUCUUAAGCUGUAAAUAUGGCUUAAAUAGGCGAUAGUAGAUUAUCACACCUGUUUUUGUGUUCAAUCUGUCUUAAUAUAUUAUUUUGGUUGAAGUAUAUGAAGAAAGCCUAUCCUGGCAAAGAUGUGUAGUUGGAAAAAGGAGACAUAUUUUAAUAGCCUUUUCAGAUAAUUGUGGAUAUUUUUCUUUGACCCUAUAUCAAAAUACAAUGGUGGUGGUAAAACAGAAGUUUUGAGAGGAAACUUGAUUCCGUGCUUCUGCAGAUGAGACUGGAGUUUCUCUGUUUCUGCUGGCUGGUGGGGUCUGCAUAAGGUUGCAGGCGUCUGAGCACGCCUCCCAGGUGUCUGAGAACCUCUUUUUUUUGGUUUGGUAAUGAGGAUUGAACUCAGGGGCACUCAACCACUGAGCCACAUUCUCAGUCCUAAAUUUUGUAUAUUAUUUAGAAACAGAGUCUGAGUUGCUUAGUGCCUCACUUUUGCUGAGGCUGGCUUUGAACUUGCAAUCCUCUUGCCUCAGCCUCCCGAGCCGCUGGGAUACAGGCGUAUGCGACCGCGCACAGCUUGAGGACCUCUUAAUGGAGGGCUGUACCCUUAAGUAUUGUAGCAGACCUCAGCAGCUCACAAUCAAUUUUACCUUUCUGGGUUCUUAUCUCAUGAAUUCAAAGAAUGAAAUCCACAGACCAAGAUGAAUGAAUGAAAGAGUAGAAUUUAUUGAAGAAUAGAAACAGGAACUGAACUCUUGCAGUGCAAGAGAGGCCCUGUAGUAAGCAUUUCUGCUCCAAGUGUACUAGUCUAGGGAUUUAUAGAGCAUUUGGUUCACUGCUAUGGGUCCACACUUAUGCUAAUUGGGGUUUGGAAAUGUACUAAUGCUCUCAACUCUUGAGUCCCGAUUGCCAUUCAGCUCUGUCCUGCUUCUAUUUUCUUAUCACAGGUCAGGAAGCGGGAAGUUGAGGUCAUGGGAUGGUCUAUCCUUGCUGGUUCUGGGCGGCAGCAUGUGUGCAGGGGGCUUCUACAAUAGGCAUCCGUACCUUGUCCAGGCCUGACCACCCAGGGGUGACAGUUUGGUGCACCUUGUCUAGCAGUGCCUCAGGACUGCCACACCCACAUGUUGGGUUCCACUCUGCCACGGGCCAUGCACUCCGACCCACCCAGCCUGCCACUCUGCUCUAGUGCUCUGCUGCCAUUUCUCAGCAGGGACCAGUAGGCUGGCUGUGCGGCUUGGCAGCCAGGAAGCCAUGUCAGUGGUUUCUUAAAGGUCAGUUGCAGUGUGGAAUCUGAAACUUUAAUAUACUACAUAUUAAAAUUCAUUGGCCUGACUUAAAUUUGAAUGGGACAUUUAUUCACACAUGAUUUAAUAACAUUGUGCCUUCUUCAUUUGAAAACCAUUGGUCCACUGUGUUAUACAGAUCUUCCAAAUAUUGGCAUACUUCAUUAUACAAAAUUUUUUAAAAAAAUCCUCAGAUUUAUGACCCAUCUCUUCAGGAAUCAAGUUUUCCAAAAUUAUGAUUUUUGUUUGAAAGUUUGAGUUUUUAUCAUUGGCAACAAACACUUGCAGCCAUUUUCCUUUUAAGUAGCAUACUCAGUUUUUCCAUUUUUGAGAAAAUGUUUGCCAGAUACCUAAGUCUAAAAAAGCAAAGUGUGUUAGUAUUUCUUUCAAGUAAAAAUGGUAUUUCAUGGAAAAGCAGCUAGUUGAGCUCACAGCCCAGUUGCACAAGUCCUUUGCCUCAAGAUGACCAUCAUAUUUCAGUUACCACAGAAACUCUUUGUGCAGACUUUCCAUUUCAUCAUGGAUACUGUUAAAAAAGACAUGAGCUUUAAUAAAUUAUUACUUAUUAGUACUUCAUCAAAGGAUGAUCUUGAUGGAAUUGGCGUUUUUGUUUUUUAAUUGUAGCCUGUGAUCCUGAAGAAUGUAGUAACUGCUAACAAUGUGAGGUGCCACUUUUUGAUUCAUACUACAGCUAGCAGGUUUUUAUUUAAUUUUGUUUGCAGUAUUGGGAAUUGAACCCAGGAGUGCUCUACCACUGAGCUACAUCUCCAGCUUUUGUUUUGUUUUGUUUUUUGAGAGAGGGUCUCAUCAAGUUGCCAAGGCUGACCACGACGUCAAUCCUCCUGUUUCAGCUUCCUAAGAAGCUAGGAUUACAGGUGUAUACUACUUACCGCACCUAGUAAGAACCUAGCAGUUCUCCCCACCAUUGCUUUUGCACCAUCAGUGCAAGUUUCAACACAGUAGAAAAGGCAAAUAAUGUUUUAGAAUGAAAAUAGUUUGACCUUAUUCCUUUAAGAGGGUGUCAGGAUCUCUAAUAGGUCCACUGGCCAUAAUUCUGGAACUGUUAAUCUUGACCAGAUUCAUGGUGAAUUUUUUUGGCAAGGAUAUUUCAUAAGUUGUAUGUGUACUUCAGUCUGGAGGUUCCUGGAUCUGGAUAUAUGGUCAUCUCUUUAUUGCUGUUGUUGAAAGCCACUGAAGGUAAUAGAUGCCAUUUCGUUAGAAGAUACAAAAUGUUGACGUUUGAUGGUUUCUUCUCCAUUUACCAACUGAAAUACUUGUGAAAUUAAGCAUUUCAUUAACUUUGUAGAUGCUAUUAGGUAUAAUUUAUGUAGAAAAGACAGAUUAUAUACUUGAUUUCCCCUCUUUAUUACCAUUUUUCAAAAUGAUGAGUUUCCUACCAUUCUCCAAAGAUAACCAAAGAUUUUUUGUGUCAUUAAUGAAUUCAUGGAUUUAAAAAUAUUUGUUGUAUUUUAGUCCUUUGAGUUUUUUAAAAAAAAUUUCAAGUUGUUCCAUCUUGAUUUCAUCCUACAAGUUUUUUUAACCUGAUUUAUUGAGGUUUGAUUUUUAUAUUUCAGAGUAAUUUUCAAGCGCUUUCUUGCUUUCUCAUGUGAUGAAAUAUUCCAGAUUCAUCUUUUCCAUUUCCUGCACCAAAGCUGGAAACAGCCAUUUUUCAAAAGAACUCUGGUUCCCUUUAGUGGGAAUGAUAGUCAGAAAACACAGUCUACUAUAAGGUGUGCUCAUUGCAGUUAAAUCAUUUUUUUCUAGGUUUAUUUCAAAUUCAUGAAUUCUUACACUAAUUGCAGUUCAUAUUGAAUACUGCAGAUGUAGUAUUAACCAUUUUGAUCCAAUAUUUGUGAUUCCUUCCCCUCAGUAGUGCCAAUGUUUGCUUUACAUUCCAUAAUAAGCAUGUCAGCCUCGGAAUAACAGUACCAGUACUUCCACCAGCAAUUACUGAACACAAUUGUGUUACAGCUCCCUUUGUCCUUAGGGCAUAUCCCAGAAGUAUAAUCAAAUUAUUGUAUGUUGAAGCCACUUGGAAUAGUUCUUUGUGGUUGUGCAUAUACUCAGUAUGUAGAUAGACUGGUUAUUUUAUUUUGCUUUUCUUAUUGUUUUACCUUAUGAUUAUAUAAAUUAUAUGGUUCCAAAGGCAAAUCCACAAAACAGAGUUAUUCAGAUUUAGCAUAUAUCCUUAUUUCCUAUACCAUUUUCACUUUUUUGUUAUGUUUUGAAGAUGUGUACACACAUACACACACACACAUAUUUGUACUCAUGUUCUAAGAUAACAGUAGUAUAGUAUACAUACUUUUCUCUUUGUUUUUACUUAACUUUAUAUCUUUAAAAAUCACUUCUUUAAAAAUCACUCCAUAGCAGUAUGUAGAAAUAGUUGACAUUCCUUUUUUUUUUUUUUUUUCCCUAUCUUUGCAUUCUGUUGGGAGAAUAUAUUGCAGUUUAUUCAGCCAGUUCUCUGCUUAGGUUAUUCACAGUGGUUUUAAAGUUAAUUGCUUCAUAAACCUUAUGAUACUUUUUAUAAGUCUUACCUUUGAUUUUUUUUAUUAUUUCUUACACACAUGACAAUAGUGGAGUGCAUUACAUUCAUAUUUUUUUGCAUUACGAUUCUUAAUACACCUUUAUACCACAAUUUAUCAAAUCUCUGUUUGUAUAUAAGGUAUGUUGACACCAAAUUCACAUCUUCAUACAUAAUUUUGUAUAAUGAUGACUGUCUCCUUCCACUGUCCUUGCUAUUCCCCCUUACCUUUGAUUCUUAAAGAUCAUAGUUUCAGCUUUUCAGUAUUGAGAGGUUAGUUAAAUACUUUAAGCCUGUUUAGCUUUUUUAAAAAGCAAGGCGUAGAUUUAUUCAGAGAUCGGUCUCUGCCACAGUCUGGUGCUGUUUAUAUAAACUAACUAGUCUCUAAGACUAAUUUAAUCAUAGCGCUAGGGUCACAGGAAAGUGAAGUCAGUCUUGUGGCAAACAUUGUUUGUUAGCCUGCCCCAAGUUAUCAGAAUGCAAGUUAGUAUUAGCAAGGGAAGGGGUCCUGUAGGCCUAGAUUCCUAAUUGCUAUAAACAGAAUCUGACGUUUUUAAAGUUUGAAUCUCAUUUCAACCAAGGUCAGAUUUGGUUCAAUUACUUUAAUUAUGCUAUAAUUUGAAGUCAGAAAAGAAAAGGGGAAACAACUAUAAAUUCAGUAUUACUUGUUGUUUGUUGAGAAGGUUUCAAAAGUUGAUUUUUUUUUUUUUCAUACUGGGGGAUUGAAUCUAGGGCACUUAACCACUGAGCCACAUCCGUAGCCCUUUUUAUAUUUUAUCUUGAGACAGGGUCUCGCCAAGUUGCUCAGGACUCUCAUUAAGUUGCUGAGGCUGGCUUUGAGCUCAAGAUUUUUCUGCCUCAGCCUUCUGAACUUCUGGGAUUACAGGCUUGUACCACUGCAUUUGGCUGAAAGAUAUUUUUAAAAGUAAAUUUGCUAUUAAUCUAGAAAAGAAACUUCAGAUUUUCAGCUGAGAUGAAUGUAAAUUGUUUUUCUUACUGCUGGACCCACAGCCAUGCCUUUGAAUGAUGACCUCUUUCACCUAUUUUUUACUCUUCUUCUGAGCUGUCAAAAAUACUGUUAGUCUUUCUACUCAGCUUCACCUCCCAAUUUUUUUCUGGCAUGAGCUCUUGAUAGUACACUAAUCUAUUAUCCUGGGACAUGAAAUGUUGAGAAGACAAGGAUGAAGGAGGCAGGAGAUUAGCAAGGAUGGUGGAAUGUGAUGGAUAUCAUUAUCCAAAGUACAUGUAUGAAGGCACGAUGGGUGUCAACAUACUGUAUAUACAAACCGAGAUAUGAAAAGUUGUGGUAUAUAUGUGUAAUAAGAAUUGUAAUGCAAAAAAAGUACAUGUAUAAAGACAUGAAUUGAUGUGAACAUACUUUAUACAAAGAAAUGAAAAAUUGUGCUCUAUAUGUGUAAUAAGAAUUGUAAUACAUUUUAAAAAAAAGAAGACAAGGAUGAAGAUUUAUGUCAAUUUUCUCAUCUCUAUCCAAAGAAAGAGUCUCUUAGAACUCUGAAAGUAGUAUUUGCUUAAGUCCCCCAGGGCCCCUGAAAGAAAAACAUGAUGUGGAGCCUUUUCUUUUUUUUUUUUUUCAUAUCUAAGAUGUGUCGCUUGUAUCAUAUCCCUCUCCCAACAUAACCACUUCACUUGACAAAGAUCCUGAUGCUCCACCACUCAAAUGAAAUACAACACAAUUGGAUAUCUUUUGUCUUCAACAAGUUCACUCCAAGCCCCAAUCAUCCUUGAAUGGAAAGCAGGUUUCUUUUCCUUUCUUCAUAUCAGUUUGAGACUUCAAACUAACAGGCUAAGGAAGACAGAAUUUCGGGAGGUUGAACCAAAGGGGAAAGGCUGAUUGUUGGUGCUUCAUUGUGCUGCCACUGAGAGACACAACUCAGGGUAUUGGUUGUGCUGUACAUCCAAGUUUUUUGACUGAAAAUUUUAGAUUUCAGGUUUCUAUAGAAGGUUCUAUAAACUGUGGUUGGGUCUCUUUGUUUGGAAGUACAUUAGGUGUAUCAAAGUGACUGCUCUUUGUUAUAAAGGAGUAGGCCUGAUCCUUAAGAUCACUAGAGGCAAGCUUUUAGGGUUCGCAUCCUGACUUUACUAUUUUCUGAAUAGCUUUAAGCCAGUUUCUUUCUUCUAAGCUUCAUUUUCAUCUGUAAAAAGGGGUAUAACACUAGAACUACAGGACAGACUUUGUGUUAGUUUGAGAGUUAAGGGGUAAUGCAUAAAAAAUGCCUCCACCAUAAUAGGCACUUCAUAAAUGCCAACUUUUCCCCCUCACUUUCUUUUCCUUUCCCAAAACAUUGUCCAUGGAACACGUUUUAGUUACCUAAACCUUUUCCCCAGGGGUCUUCCAUUGACUUCCAUUAUAACAUCAGAGAGAUAACAUUUCUAAAGAAAACUUAACUCCCUAAGGGAUUGAUUAAAAAACUGCUUAAAAAACAAAAGAAUUAAAACCAUUGCUAGUUGAAAAUUGAAUUCCAAAGUAGUCAUUAGUAUUAUUUUAAUAACUUUCCAAUGUCUUCCUCUCACCCUCCCUUCCUCUUUCAUCUCUACUCAACAAUUUUUCUUUCUUUUUAAAAUUUUAAAUGUUAUUUUAUUUAUUUUUUAAUUUUAAAUUUAUUUAUUCUAAUUUGUAUGAUGGCAAAACACAUUUCAAUUCACAGUACACAUAUAGAGCACAAUUUUUCAUGUCUCUGAUUGUAAACAAAGUAGAGUCACACCAUUCGUGUCUUUGUAUAUGUACCUAGGGUAAUGAUGUCCAUCUCAUUCCACCAUCUUUCCUACCCACAUAAGCCCUCCCUUCCCUUUCAUCCCCUUUGCCCUAUCUAAAGUUCUUCCAUUCCUCCCAUGACCCCCCCACGCCCAGUCCUGUUAUGAAUCAGCAUUCUUAUGUCAGAAGACAUUCGGCCUUCGGUUUUGGGGGAUUGGCUUACUUUACUUAGCUUGAUAUUCUCCAACCCCAUCCAUUUACCUGCAAAUGUCAUAAUUUAUUCUGUUUUAAUGCUGAGUGAUAUUCCAUUGUAUAUGUAUACCACAGUUUUUUUAUCCAUCUACUGAAGGGCAUCUAGGUUGGUUCCACAAUUUAGCUAUUGUGAAUUAUGCUGCUAUAAACAUUGAUGUGGCUGUGUCACUGUAGUAUGCUGAUUUUAAGUCCUUUGGAAGUAUACCGAAUAGUGGGAUAGCUGGGUCAAAUGGUGGUUCCAUUCCUAGUUUUCUAAGGAAUCUUCAUACUGCUUUCCACAUUGGUUGCACCAAUUUUCAGUCCUACCAGCAAUGUAUGAGUGUGCCUUUUCCCCACAUACUCGCCAACACUUACUGUUGUUUUUACUCUUUUUUAAAAAAAAUAUUCUUAAGUUUUAUGUGGACACAAUAUCUUUAUUUUACAUUUAUGUGGUGCUGAGGAUUGAACCCAGUACCUCAUGCAUUGCUAGGUGAGCACUCUACCACUGAGCGACAACCCCAGCCCUGUUGUUUGUAUUCUUAAUAGCUGCCAUUCUGACUGGAGUGAGAUGAAAUCUUAGAAUAGUUUUUUUUUUUUUAAUUUGCAUUUCUCUAAUUAUUUCUUUAAUUGCUAGAGAUGUUGAACAUUUUUUCAUAUAUUUGAUGACUGUAUAUCAUUUUCUGAGAAGUGUCUGUUCAGUUCCUUGGCCCAUUUGUUGAUGGGAUUAUUUAGAGGUUUUUUUGGUGUUAAGUUUUUUUUUAAUAUUUAUUUUUUAGUUGAAGGUGGACACAAUACAUUUUUUAUUUCUUGUCUUUUUGUGGUGCUGAGGAUUGAACCCAGUGCCUCACAUGCCAGGUGAGUGCUCUUCGUCUGAGCCACAAUUCCAGCCCUGGUGUUAAGUUUUUUGAGUUCUUUAUAUAUCCUAGAGAUGAGUGUUCUAUCUGAUGUGCAUGUGGUAAAAAUUUGAUCCCAUUCUGUAGGCUAUCUAUUCACCUGACUGAGGUGUUUCUUUUGCUGAGAAGAAGCUUUUCAGUUUGAAUCCAUCCCAUUUAUUGAUUCUUGGUUUUAUUUCUUGCACUAUAGGAGUCUUAUUAAGGAAGCUGGGGCCUAAUCCAACAUGAUGAAGAUUUGGGCCUACUUUUUCAUCUGUUACACGUAGGGUCUCUGGUUUAAUUCCUUGGUCCUUGAUCCACUUUGAGUUGAGUUUUGUGCAUGGUGAGAGAGAGGGAUUUAAUUUCAUUUUGCUGCAUAUGGAUUUCCAGUUUUCCCAGCAUCAUUUGUUGAAGAAGCUAUCUUUUCUCCAAUAUGUUUUUGACACCUUUGUCUAGUAUGAGAUAAAUGUAUUUAUGUGGAUUUCUCUGUGUCCUCUAUGUACCAUUGAUCUACAUGUCUAUUUUGGUGCCAAUACCAUGCUGUUUUUGUUACUAUUUCUCUGUAGUACAGUUUAAGGUCUGGUAUAGUGAUGCCACCUGCUUCACUCUCCUUGGUAAGGAUUGCUUUGUCUAUUCUGGGUUUCUUGUUUUUCCAGAUGAAAUGAAUUCAGCAAAGUAGCAGAAUAUAAAAUCAACACCCAUAAAGCAAAGGCAUUUCUGUAAAUCAGUGACAAAUCCUCUGAAAGAGAAACUAGGAAAACUACCCCAUUUACAAUAACCUCAAAAAAAAAAAAAAAAAAAAAAACUUGGAAAUCAACUUAAUGAAAGAUGUGAAAGACCUCUACAAUGAAAACUAUAGAACACUAAAUAAAGAAAGAAGACCUUAGAAGAUGGAAAGUUCUCCCUUGUUCUUGGAUAGGCAGAAUUAAUAUUGUCAAAAUGACCAUACUACCAAAAGCACUAUACAGAUUUAAUGAAAUUCCAAUCAAAAUCCCAAUGACAGGGCUGGGGUUGUGGCUCAGUGGUAGAGCACUGGCCUAGCAUGUGCCCUCGGUUCGAUCCUCAGCACCAUAUAAAAAUAAAUAAAUAAAAAGAAAGGUAUUGUGUCUGACUACAACUAAAAAAUAUUUUUUAAAAAAAUCCCAAUGACAUUCCUUAUAAAAAUAGAAAAAUCAAGUUUUUCUUUCUACCCACCUCACAUGCUUUUCAAACCACCAAGCUCUCUUGAGUGUUGUAAGCCAGACCUCCAAUUGCAAUAACACACUUUUGCCAGUAGAUGCCACCUUUUUGCUUCUAGUGUGUGCAGUCUUCUGUGUGGCGUAUCCUUAUGCCAGAGAGAGGUUGUGGCUAGGUAAAAUGGGUAAUGGAAUUAAUUCACCAGCAUACAAGUUUGACAUUGUGUGAUGUGAGUUCCUUGAAAAUAGAGGCACCUUGUGACACAGACCAGUAGAAUGGACAUCACAGUACAUCAGAAGAGGGGAGAAUGGCCUCAGCCCUAGCUGGGAUCUUAGGUGAGUGGCUCUCCUCUUUGAGUUUCAGGUUUCUGGUCUACUUUUCCCACAGGGUUGGAGAAAGGAUUAAAUGAAAUUUAGUUUGGGUUAUUUAAACCAACUUUUCUUUCAGAAUUCUGGUAGAAUUCUGUUACUUAUUAUUUCACAUUGUAUUUAACCUUUGUAGAAAAAAAGUAUCAUUAGUCCUUUUUAUUUUAAUUAGGUAUAUAUGAUAGCAGAAUGCAUUUUGAUUCAUUAUACACAAUUGCAGCACAUCUUUACAUUUCUAUGGUUGUACAUGAUGUAGCGGCAUCUCACCAUAUGCGUAGUCAUACAUGUACCUAAAAUAAUGAUGUCUAUCUCAUUCCACCAUCUUUCUUACCACCUUGCCCCCUCAUCACCUCUCCUCCCCUUUGCCCCAUCAUAAUUCCUCCAUUUUUCCCAUGUCGCCCCCAUUAUGGAUCAGCAUCCACUUAUCAGAGAGAACAUUCAGCCUUUGGGUUUUUGGGGAUUGGCUUACUUCACUUAGCAUGGUAUUCUCCAACUCCAUCCAUUUACCUGAAAAUAUCAUAAUUUUAUUCUAUUUUAAUGCUGAGUAAUAUUACAUUGUGUAUGUAUACCACAGUUUCUUUAUCCAUUCAUCUAUUGAAGAACAUCUAGGUUGCUUCCACAGUUUAGCUAUUUUGAAUUGAGCUGCUAUAAAUAUUGUGUAGCUGCGUCACUGUAGUAUGCUGAUUUUAAGUCCUUUGGGUAUAGACCGAGGAGUGGGAUAGCUGGGUCAAGUGGUGGUUCUAUUCCAAGUUUUCUAAGGAAUCUCCAUACUGCUUUCCAUAUUGGUUGCACCAAUUUUCAGUCCCACCAGCAAUGCAUGAGUGUGCCUUUUCUCUCACAUCCUCGCCAACAUUAUUGUCUGUAUUCUUGAUAACUGCUAUUCUGAUGGGCCUAAGAUGAAAUCUUAGUUUGGAUUUGCAUUUCUCUAAUUACUAGAGAUGUUGUAUAUUUUUUUAAUAUAUUUGUUGAUCAAAUGUACACCUUCUUCUGAGAAGUGACUGUUCAGCUCCUUAGCCCAUUUAUUGAUUAGAUUUUUUUUGUUUGUUUUAAGUUUUUUGAGUUCUUUAUAUAUUCAUUAGCUCUUUGAUGACAAAUAUUCAGAGACAGGGGAAGGUCAAAGGACCUGGUAUGUCCAUUCUCCUGGAAUGCUUCCAUUUGCUGAUGUUAGUAAUAGUGUAUCAUCACUUAAGACAGAGCAUUUAAUACAGUUAAAGUGGUACAUUCAUAUCAUGUUAUUUUAUUUGGUGAUGUUUACAGUGUUCUUGUGAGGAAAUGAAACAGUUUCCUAUCCUUUUUUUAUAUUUGACAUUUUUAUUUUUUUAAUAUUUUUUUAGUUGUUGAUAGACCUUUAUUUAUUUGUAUGCGGUGCUGAGAAUUGAACCCAGUGCCUCACACAUGCCAGGCAAGUGUGCUACCACUGAGCCACAGCCACAGCCCUUAUAGUUUGACAUUUUUAAAAGACAACUUCAUUACUUAGUGCCAGAAUCAAUUCUAGAGCCCAGAUUCUCAAGUCACAUCUCUGUUAACUCUUUUUUCUUCUUACGUGAAAGCAACAACAAACAACACUGAACACAGAGUAGGUAUUUAAUUAGUGUUAUAAGCCAGGAAGAAGAAUCAUUUGUAAAAUGAUGUAUGAUGAGAUCUGGAGUAACCAAGGAGAAUGAUUGUAGGUUUAUUUUGUCCUACUGAGAAUUUUAUGACAUCGAGAGGAAUAUUUAUCAUUGACUCUAAAUGUUUUUUUCCAUGCUUAUUCAGAACACAGCGCAUAUUGACAAGCUUUGCAUUUUAUUGUUUAGGUAACAAAUUCCCAUGUUGGGACAAUUUAAUUUUUACCUUCUUUUAUUUUCUUUAUUGUUUACUUUGUAACUAUGGAUUUUAUAAUAAUUAUGUUGUCAGAAAAUGUCAUGCUAACCAAAAAGCAUUAUUAUUUUAAGAACAGUUUUGGUUUUGACCAAACAUAAUCUCUGUGAAAACAAAAAAAAGAUGUCUAUUGUAUAGAAGUCUUAAUGCUUUAGCAAACAUUUGAUACAUUUUUUCCUGAUAUCUGUCCCAGUGUGCCAAUUGGUCUAAUUCAGGCAUUUGUUCCUGAAUUUUUCUUCUUAUUCCCAGUUAUUUAUUGUCUAAUCAGUAUGAACUUUUCUGCUAAUUUGUUUUUUUUAACAGCAUUAAUAGAUAUUAUUUUUUAAAAUAAUCUUUCUAUAGUUUGCUCAUUUUCUUGUCUCAUUUUUGUUUUUCUGCUAAUUUGUUUUUUUUAACAGCAGUAAUAGAUAUUAUUUUUUUAAAUAAUCUUUCUAUAGUUUGCUCAUUUUCUUGUCUCAUUUUGUUUUAUUGGUAGGUACACCUAGUUGAGUGCUUAUUAUGUGUAUGUCCCUAUGAAUAUUUUGUCCCAUUUGCUUCUCACACUCAUCUUCUCACGUAAAAUGCAUGAUAGCUCUUAUCCCAUUCAUUUUGGCAGUGAGGCUUGGAGACACUAGAUGAUGUCUCUCCAGAGUGCAUGACUUAUAAGUGAUGGAGUUAAGCUUUAAAUUCAUUUUUUAUAUGAAGUCCCUUAAUCAUCUUAGAAUAAUAUAUUUGUUUGCCUAAGAAGUAUUAUGCCAUAUGUGCUGGUGGUGAGCGUGUAUCUAAUUCAGAUGCUGCUGCUUUUCUUCCUCUAGUCUGUCCAGCACUUGGCUCAUAGCCACAGCACACAGGUGCUCAGAAUGUGUUAUCUGAUGGUCAUUUGAGCCCAAAAUGCACUUCCAAAUCCUUUUCAAUUUUCUUAUGUAAAAUUUACUCAUCUAUGUGUAUAGGAAUGUUAUUUGGACUAUAAAUUUGACAGAUGUGGAAUUUAAGUUUUCUCUCCCUUCUUAAGUAGAAAACAUUGAUUAGAACUGUAGAUUGAAGCUGGAUAAAGCAUAUUAAACAUUUAGCAAGUGCCUGAAUUUCUGGUUUAUUGCUAGUAAAUGGGCUCCUUUCCAAGUGAUGGCUCACGUGUAGUUAAAAGGGAGUAGUGAUAUCAGGAAUCAGGCCUAGCUUCUGAUAGCCUUGUAACCUUAAUCAGGCCAGCUGCCCUUUCUAGGGCUGGCUGUCUUCAUCUGCUAAAGAUGAGUUUAAAAAGAGCCCUCAAACCUUCUGGUUCUUUGUUAGUCUUUAAAAUGGAACUACUGCCUAUCUAUUACAGGAGCUGCAAGAAUCUGAAAGACAGACCCUGUAGAAAGCACAUAAAGGUUGCUUAGUGUUAAUAAGGCUUUUCCCCUGUCCUUUUAAAAUGCAAGAAGUGCUUUGGACACUCAGAAGAUUAAAAUGAACAUAGGAGGCAGGGUAAGUGACCAAGAGCCAGAUAGACCUGGUCAGUCGUGCCUUCACUAUUACGUGAUCUAAAAUUCUAGGCAAGUUGCUUAAUUUAAAAUGAAUAUACUGACCACAUUUACCUCAGGGUUAUUGAGAAGAUAAAAAAAUUGUAAAAUUUCUACCUACCUACCUAUUUAUGAGACAGGGUCUUGCUGUUCUCAGGCUAGUCUCAACUCCUCAAGUGGUCCUCCUGCCUCAGCCUCCCAAGUGCAGUGACUGUAGGCACACAUGACUGCAUCUGGCUUAAAAUACGUUUGAAGUACUUAGUAGAGUGCCUAACGGAAUGGCCAUUCAAUAAAUUUUGUGUACAUAUCAAAACAUAAGGUGGGAGGGAUGAAUGAACUACCAGAAAAGGAAGAGUUAAAAAAAAAUAAUUAGGUAGGCCACCCAAAAGAAGGGAGGUAGGAAGAAGCCCCAGCACUUACUUCACAUUUUGUUGAGGCCCUGCCAUGACAGCUCUCACUUCUUAGCUCACGUAUGGUUUGAAGCACUAAUUUAAUACUUAAGAUGAACUGAAUUCUGUUGUGACUUUUUUGUUCCUAGGGUUCAAGCAUCUAGCAUAUUAAUCGAGUCAUUGACAGACCCUUGUCUUUUCUCUCACCAGAUUAUUUCUCCUCUGUUCUUGCCCUUGGAAGCUAUAUAAGACCUGGACAGUGCCCUCAUUUGUAUUCUUUUUUUUUUUUUUUUUUCAAAAUAGUUUUAAUCCUGUGGUACGGUUGUUAAGUGUGUGUGUGUGUGAGAGACAGAUAUGGGGCUAUCUGGGAGCCAUCACUGCCCUGAGUAUUCCUGUUUGCAGAGCUGAAUUCCUCUUGCAUACAACCUUGGAUAUGAAGGUGGCCAGCUGCUGGAGGAAGAGCAAACUCAAAUCCACUCUUUAGACCCACCGCUCACUUCAGUUUACUCUUUGGGAAAAUCAUGAUUAAAAACUAUUACAAGAUUUUGUAACCUUCAGAAGUGGAUGUAGCUAAUUAGAGUUUAAAACAUCUUAAGGGAUUAGUGUUUAAAAUGAAGUAAAGUCAGGAAAUUUGCUUUCCCCUCCUAAGUGCACUGAUUCCCAGAUAUGGCAGGACCAAGCAGAAGGUUAUUUUCACACAUUGGGAAGAAACGUUCCAUUCCAGACUCAAGUAGAGGUUUUCCACUUUUAGAAGUGCUGCUGAGGCUAUAAUUAUAAACUACAACCAUUCUAGGAUUAAUUUAAAACAGUUCCUGAGGUGAAUUAAGAUCUUGCAAUAAAAAUACCAUAUACAAUCUGUCACAUUAUCUGUGGCCAUUCUUUCCUGGGACCAGCCUAGUUAAUGAGAGUAACAGGUGCCUAGAAGUUUAUUGCUGAAGGCAUGUUUUGAACAAUGGUACUAUGAAUUCAGCACUUAUAUGAGAAUGGUGCUUGAAUUCAUGGUAUUUGAUCAAGAUUUGAGUUUUAUAUUCAUUUAUGCAAGAGCUAGUGACGUACACGAUUUCACCUUUUUUCUUUCUCACUUCCUCUCCUCCCAUCUGUUGUUUUGUUUUUUUAAGGAUGGAAAAAGCUAGUAUGGCUAGUAUGGCCUGGUCCUCAUUCUCUGACUUCUAGCUGUCCAUUUCCUUCUCCUCCCCGCUUUGCUUUCUUUACCAGGGCCUAAACAAGGCUGAAUGACUGCAACCUCCAGGGAAGUUUUGUACUGGACUAGAUAACCUUUAAAGUUUGGUCCAGUACUGAGAGUGUGGUACCACAUCAGUGAACUCUUGUAGCUCCUCAAACGUGAUAAAAAGGUGAGCCCUCAGCAUCCAAAGUCAUGGGAUCCUGAGGCUGGUUGCAGCGAGAACAGGAAGCUGAGAAGGGAAAGCCAGUUUGGCCCAUGGCACAUAUAAUUUUCUGUAAUUUGAAUAGGCAUGAGCUCUCUAGUUCACCACAAAUCUCACCACCUCCUGUGUUUAUUUUUUAUAAAUGGCUCCUUGGGGUUAUUUUUAUCGCUUGUGCCAGCCCUGAAAGUGUUUGUAUUUGUGACCUUUGAUUUAACUAAUCCCCAAUUCAUGAACAUUUUAGGUGACCGCCAACUUUUUAAUAUUAAUAAAUAUUGGUUUAAUGAACAUCUUUACAUUGUAUGCCCUUAGAAUUAACUCCUGCAAGUAGAAUUAUUGGGUCAAAUUUUUUAUUUGAAAUUGUGAUAAAUAUUGUCAAAGUUCUCUAUUGUUUUUGGUGUGUGAAUUGCCAGUUUGUUAUUUAUCUUUCAUUAGUUUUCUUACUGAUUUUUAAGAGUGGUGAUCAAGUAAGAUUAUCAACCUUUUAAUAGGUGAUAAAUGUAUUUUCUGUUUUUUAAAGCUUUUAUAUAAUGUCUAACUAUUCAGACAUUUUAGAUUUUUAUGUAUUUUGAUUUACUAACUUUUACUUUGUGGUUCCUGGAAUUUUAUGUCAUGUUUAGGAAAUCUUUUUCAAUCCAGCUUCAUGAAUUUCUAAACAGCCACUUUUGCUAACAACCAGGGACUUAAAAUACGUGGUUAAUUUGCAAUUUCUAAGUCUUGAUAGCAUCUGUAUCUAAAUGUGGCUUGUUUUUACAGAUAGAAAGUUUCUACUUCCGACUCUGAGUUUCAGUAUUUUUCUGCUUUCAAACCCCCCAGAAAGGAGCUGUGAACAGAAUACCGUAUUGGUUUUGGCACUGACUUUAAUGCAUUUCAAAUAGGCUGAUUCUACAGAAUUUGAUCCAUAGUACUUUAGUGUCUUGAUGCCUUUUUGCCAAGCAAAAUUGAUUAUUUCUAACCCAAAGACCUUCAGUGCUGGACUGAAAAAAAAAGUAAGGAGGGCCUCCUCAGAUGGUGACAGAUUAUAUAAUUUGGCAUCCAGUACAAUGCUUUUUAUUUUUCUCUCAGUUUUUUCCCUGUCUGCUAGUCACCAGUGGUCCAUGCCUCUCAUUGCUUGGUGACUUUUUGGAGGGCAGAUUCAAAUUUUUUCUUUCCAAGUCUUAGUAAUUGUAUCUUUAAAAUAUUUUUCUUUUUUUCCUGGCAGUUUGCUAAGUGGAUACUGGGGUCUUUUUUUGACAGUUUUUUCUAGCUUUCUCUUGUGUUGUGGCAUUUAGCUCUGGAUUGAAUUUGUUGUGCUGAUGUAUUUUCAGCCAUAGUGAUGUCUGCUCUAUGAUGUGGGUUCUGCUUAUCACUUUAGUUAGAGGUGUUUUUAACUUAGUAUCUUGUUUUGUACCUCUUUUGUAAUCAUAUCCUCCUAAAUUAUUAUAGUGUAUUAUUUUAAAGUAGAUUUUAUCAUUGAGUCUUGUUUUUCAGUCAAGCGUAUAGGCAGGGAGACAGAUUCUACAUUUGGUUGAAGGCAAUGGUUAAAACAAUCAGAGUCAUUCUGUUAGGGUUCAUAGACUGUUCUCUUAAGCUGCCAUGUCACCUUAUCUAACCCUCAAUUUCCUUAUCUGUCAAACAUGGAUAAAAAUCACAUAUCAUAGGGCCAGGCCAUAGUGAGUAUGACAUGAGACAAUGGCUUUAAAGCACUUAGGAGUCUCUGGCUUGCAGUAAACCUUUUUUUUUUUUUUUUUUGUGAUGCUGGGAUUGAACCCAGGGCCUUGUGCAUGUGAGGCAAGCACUCUACCAACUGAGCUAUAUCCAUAGCCCUAAAUUUUUUCUUUUAAAGCGUCGGUUUGCUCUUCUAGGAUGUUACAAUGCUAUUUUCCCUCAUAAUUGUAAAAAAAUUAUAUCCACAUUUUAGAAAGUUCAGAUAUUGAAAAUAUUAAAGAAGAAAAUGUUUCCUAUAAUUCUACCACCCUCAGCGAUAAUCAUCACUUACAUUUUAACAUGUUUCCUUCCGGGUUUUUUUGUAUUUAUAUAUUAUUUUACAUAGCUGAGAUCAUUCUGCAUGUGUAAUAUAGCUUGAUUUUUUUUCACUUAUCAUGAACAAUGUCAUUAAAACAUUUAUAAAAUCAUCAUUUUAUGGUUACAUAUAGUCUAUAACAUUAUUUUGAUUGAGUUAAUCAUUCUCUUUAUUUGGCCUUUAGUAUUUGGAGCUUUUUUGGUGGAGCUGGGCUGCUUUCAGAUCACUGUUGCUAAGCCAGUCUUUCUUCUUUUCAGUUGGAGAGAGGUUUAAAGGCUUCAUGAUUGCACUUGUUGUUGUCGUUGUUUGCCUGUUGAAUUAAGUGUGUGAAUGAAGCCAGGAUUUUAGCCAUUAAACCCUGUGCUCUCAAACUUCUCCCUCCACCUUUCUGGACAGUCUCCAUGCUUAUUUGCUUUUUAACCUUUUUCUCAUGAAUUUCUUCUAAUUUUGUGCUGGAAGAAAGAUGAAUGGGGAUUAUGAUUAGUAUUAGGUCUCCAACCCUACUGUGCCAUGUGAAUGGCUAGGAGCUAGCCAGAAUAAACACUAGUUGCAUGUUAAUAGAGCUUUACUAAGGUAAUCAUGCUGAGCAGUUUCUGGUAAGAAGACUAACCUAGAUUGUUCUUGACAGGGCACAUUAUUUUUGUUUCUACUUCUUAUUUUUCCUGUAAAGUCAGGUUUAAAGUAUGUUGAGACUGAAUUCAUUUGUACUUUGGAAUAUAAUGAGGUCUUGUAUUUUUUACUUUAAGAAAACCAGCCAAAAACAGCAGUCUGGAAAAGACAUAUGUAUCCAAAAUUGCCAGGGAAGCCUGCUGUGUAGAUACGCUUUCUGAGAAACCACAUGGCAAAUGAAUGUCGUCUUUGUUUCAGAACACAGUAGCCUGGUUCUGCUGGUGAAUCACACUAGCUGGUUUGAGCUUGGAUUUUUAACUCAGUUAUUGAAAUAGCACUGAGAGCAAGACUUAAAAGCUUGUAGCUGGUGACCUCAGAAGGUUGCUCAAAACAAUAUGGAUCUGUAUGAGCUUGACACUGGUUUUUACUUCCUUGGUUUGAUUCUGAGACUGCCUGAUCUGCAGCUAUUUAGCAGCCUUCUUCUUUAAAGUUCAUUCUUAAGAUCAUAUUCUCUAAUGUUGAAAUAUAGGAUAAUUUCUAUUUUUAAUACAUAAUGAGCCAGAGGCUGAGUCCAGACUGGCUCAGAAAUGGAUCCUAAGAACCACAAACAUAUAUUUUAGCACCUUGGGUCUGAGGAAAGCCUGUCUUACAGUCACUUCCAUGUGGCUUCACAGGAAGAGCAGGUGACAAGUGGGCAUAUAUAUGUCUUGAAUUCCUAGAAGCCAUUGUCCCCCUUACUUAGUGAUACUACUGAUCCAACUCUGUAUCAGUCAGAGAAUGAGAGCCUUUAAGGAUUAAAAGGGGCCUUAAGGGACAUGUAUUCCAACUUCUGCCACAUUUCCAAUAGGCAUCAUGCAGUGUUUUUUUUUUAAAUAAUUUUUUAGUUGUUGAUGGACCUUUAUUUUAUUUAUUCAUUUAUAUGUGGUGCUGAGGUGCUGAGAAUUGUACACAUGCGAGGCAAGUGCUUUUCUACCUCUGAGCCACAACUGCAGCCCCAUGCAGUAGGUUUUUUUUUUUUUUUUUUUUAACAA